AUGGUAGAGUACACUGGGUUUGCUUACGUGGCCUCGGACGAGGACGAGGACGACCAACGCCAUGCAAGUGAGCAAGGCUUCAUCGGCACUGCGAUCUUCGACUCCCAUCCCCAUCGCCCUGCCUCAAGUUCACCCAAUUUCGAUGGCAUACUUCGACCGGGCUGGCUCACUAUCACCGAUGACAUGAAGCCUCGGUUACUACACUUGCACAAUGCGCCUAGCCUCAGCGCACGAGAACGCAUCUUCCCUCAGCGGUCUCCUAAUGGCGCAUACCUCUGGACGCCCGCCGAUCUCUUCAAGCCCGGAAGUCCUCCUGGAGGGCCCGAGAAUGAUCAUGCCAGGUGGAGAUACAUUGGGGCGCUGAACAACGAGACAACUGCACUCGUUUUCGCCGACGGCCGGUGUAAACGUAAUGGUUAUAUGGAUGCGGACGGGAGUAUGCUGGUGCAAUACUCUCCGCGAGGCCAUGAGAAUUCGGGAGGAUCGCUGCAUGAACGUCUUCACGUGUAUAACGAAGAGAAUCACGAGAAUGAGGACGAGCGAGACACGAGCAAUCGUGCCAAACUUGCAGCUGUCAGUAUGGCGUUGGCCUGGGCAGACCUCCUCUACGGCAAGCAGCUGGGCUUCGACCACCUCGUUAUCGCGACGAAUUCCGAGUAUGUCGAAAUGGGAGCUAGACAGCUGAGGACGUGGAUAAGCAACGGAUGGCGGAAUUCACGCGGCACUAGGCCCAAGAACCAGCAGCUUUGGUACGACUUCGCUGAGAGGCUGGCGAAGUUGGAGAGCACUGGCUUGCGCGUUUCGUUCUGGCGGGUAAAGCUCCGCAGGGACAACAGCGGACAUAUAGAGUUCGAAUGA